AUGUAUCUCCUAGAUCUUCCCUUAGAAUGCUUUCGUUGCAUCCUGUCGGAGGUAAUCCUAGACGUGGGAUUCCAGCAGUGCCUCACGCUUCGUCUAGUCAACGGCCUAUUUGACCGCGAGGUGAUGAUCGCGAUUGGGAAUGCGAAGCUACUCGAGACUUUCCCUGCCGUCGCUGAUAAGUCGAUAUGCUCCCAUCCCCUCUUUACCAGGUACCCGGGCUAUGUCGACUUCCUGGGGAGCUACCUCCUGUGCCAACCUCGGCCACAAGAACCUUGGAAUGCGACCAUCCCAGCUUUACUGAAUCGUGUCGUCGAUGAGGUUAUGGCUGAGGAGGGGCUGGACGUCGAUCAUCCGUCGAGGGCCGAAUUCCUCCGACCACUGUGCCGCGACGCGGUGGAGAAGAGCGGCUUCGAGGCCCUACCUCGUUUCUGCACGCAAAGUCUAUUUCGCCGUGGGAUUGAUGUGGGAACAGAGGAUCUUUCCAUAAUAGUUUUCCUUGCGAAAUUAUUACUUGGUCGUGGCCAGAACUCGGAUGCCAACAUCAAGACCUGGUCAAUGCGCAGGAGCAGAGUGUUUGGCACACUUCUUGGCGUUGCCAGCCAGAGUGGACGAAUUGACCUAAUCAGAGCCAUAUUGAAGGAUGGCCCGGCCAUCCCGGGUGAAUCGCCAGAAGUACAGGUGAACGGGGCCCUUGGGGCACUGGUCGGGGCCGUUGAAGGUCGGCAGGAGGGCACUCUGCGGGCUUUGCUGGAGCCAGAAUUCCGAACUCUUCGUUCUAGACGUGAGAUGGCAUCUGCUCUCAUGAGGUCAAUUGGGACAGGUCAAGUAAACCUUGCGUUGCUUCUGCUCGCCAGUGGUGAGCUGCGCCUAUCCGGAAGGUCCGAGAUCCUAAGCAGGGGUUUCACCGAAGCGUGCUGCCGGGGUUACGUCGACGUCGCCGACGCAAUGUGGGAAUGCGGCGUUCGGCCUGGCCUUGGGGUUCAGCAAUACGCUGCCUGGUUCAGCCAGGAGGCUAUUCUGCGCAGUUUUUUCAAUAAGGGAGUCAGGCCCGAUACGCUUGCUCUACGGGCAGCUGCAAUGACCGGCAACACCAACAUUGCCCAGAUCCUCGUCGAUGGCGGCGCACAAGUCCGACCAAUGGAAUGGUGCCAGAUCCUCACAGUCGCCGUGGAGCAGCGACAAGGAGAAUUCGUCCGUUUUCUCUUCGAGGAGAAUAUCAUCAAUGUAGAGACCCUGAGGGAGGAUGAGGACUCUGCUGCAGAACUCAUGAUGCACUCCUGUGUCUGCGGUGACCUCUUCAUGAUCAAGACGCUCGUUGCAGGAGGCAUGCCGGUCGGAGGGGAGACCUACAGACCACGACCGCCAAUACUCUGCGCUCACAUGGGGGGACAGUCGCACAUUGUCGAGGCCUUACUCGAGUUAGGUGCGACGAUGAUCGACCCCCUAGAGUCCGAUCUGAAGGGGGAAUUUGAAGCAGGACGGCUCCCUCGUGAAUGGCCUCCGAAGAAGAUCCGCCCGACGGUAAACGGGAUCCUGAGGUGGGAGGUAAUGCCAGGAGGGCUAGCAGAGGAUGAAUGGGGAACCUGA